AUGCCUCGCCCUACCGUAAGCCCCCUAGACAAGCGAGACCUCCUCGUCCAGGUUAUUUCCGCCAGCGUCUACGAAGCAGACUACUUUCCCGUCGAGCUCGGGGCAGCCUCCCGACUGACAGACUCCGUUCCUAGAACACCAAGCGUGGAAUUUAGCAGCCACGUCGUCGCUGUUGGCCGCAAGGUCAUCGAUAUCGGCUAA